ACAGGAGUUUUUUUUAAAAAUGGUGUCGAGUUCGAUGUUUGACGCGGUGAAAGAAAAUAGAGUAUUUAAAAAUAUCCAGACUAAUUAUAAAUUAUCUGAUUGAACCUGUGAUAAUUGGUCUUUUGUUGGUGAUUUUGUUUUGUUUAAACGAAUAAUGUAUCGAUACGAUUUAUUAAUGUUGAAUGGAAAGGAAUUUUUUCCCAGUUGACAUGAUGGAGAGACGAAAAAGAAGAAAUGUUUUGUAAGGUUUCUCAUAAAUAAUUAUAAGAAUUGUACGAAUUCCUGCAUGGGAAUCAAUACAAACUGAAAAAAGGCUUCCUUACAAUUAAUUUAAUAAUUCCCCUCAAUUCAUCAAGAAUGGAGAUCAAUCCGAAAAUUCCCCUUCCUUUAGAACCGAUCAAGGCUUAUCAAAUAGAGGACAGAAGACUGUGGGUUGGAAAUUUGGAUUUGAGAAUUAAUGAGUACCAACUCCUAAAACUCGUUCAAAAACAUGGAACAAUUGAAAAGUUUGACCUGCUGUUUCAUCGAUCGGGUCCACAAGCUGGACAACCGCGUGGUUAUGCCUUUGUCACUUAUAAAUCGGUGAAAGAUGCUGAACUUGCAAUGGAAAAAUUGCAUAAUCUUCGAAUUGGCUCGAAAAAUAUUGUCGUACGUUGGGCUCAUAGCGUUAGCGAGAGCGACAUGGAGAGACCUAAACCAAAGAUUGAUAUUCCAGCUUUGGCUGGGGCGAAAAAGGAAGACAAUAAAAUAAGUCGUGAAACGGCCAUUCAGGCGAUAGAGGCUAAAUUGAAAAUGAUGCGAGAAUCUCCCGAGGAAUUUGAACUUAAUAAACCACUCGUUGGAUCGCCAAUAAUUCAACAAUAUGUCAAAUCCGAUAACCAAAAACCGUCCACUUCAACUCGAUAUCGUCACAAUCAUGGGAGCAAUUACCAAAAUAGAAAACCAUACAAUCGAGCCAAACCGAAAAGAUAAUUCACAAUUUUUCUUUUUUGUUUUCGGUAUAUUGUGACAAUAGCCGAGAAUAGAUGACCAAUCAUAGUAAUCUCGUUUUUGAUUCUCCAAUUUAAAUAUACACAAGCUAAGCCUUCUAAAAAAUUGUCAUGGAAUUUUAAAUAUUGAAAAACUCUCUUCUCUAGGUGUAUAUAAAAAUUUCCCUUACAUAAACGUAUAUAUUUUGCAAAAAAAAAAAAUUAAAUAAUACUCUUUCAACAGAAAGAAAUCAGAGAUUCUACAACCGCCACUAAUUUAUAUAUUUAUAUGUAUGUAAAAAAUGCUUUAGAUAAAAAAAAUGAUUCCUUAAAUGCUAUUUUUGUUAGCAUCGAAGUAUUUUUUUGCCCCCCCCCCAAUUUUUGUGUGUAUCAUUUAAACGACUUAAAUGUGUGAUAGUUUUUUUCUCCUCCGUAUUUUUCGAAAAAUACAAUAUUGUACUUGAUAUUUUUUUCAAGAAAAUAAAUCGCUUCUUUUUACAAAAAA